AUGGGCAGCAGCAGUGACAAAAAGCGCAAGCUUGUCUCGAACGAGGCGGAGCCUGUUGAGCCUGAGGUUAAGAAGGCGAAGAAGGACAAGAAGGACAAGAAGUCGAAGCGCAAGGCCGUUGAGGAUGUCGACAAUGUUCCUUCUGCCGAGGACAUUGCUCCUGCUCAGGAUGACGUGAAGGUGAAGGAGAAGGCCUCCAAGAAGGAAAAGAAGGACAAGAAGGAGAAGCGGAAGCGCGACGAGGAUGCUGAGUCUGCUCCAGCUGAAAAGAUGGACGUGGAUGGAGAGUCCACUGAGAAGGCUGAGGGAGAUGAAGAGAAGAAGAAGAGGAAGAAGGAAAAGAAAGAAAAGAAGGAGAAGAAGGAUAAUAAAAAGCACAGCAAAGAGAAGGGCGACAUCUCCACGACACAACCAGACACAAACGCCGAGACCAGCAAUGGUGUGACUGAGCCAGCUGCGGAAACGGAGGGUGCAGCCACCCAGAAAGGCAAUCGGUUCAUUGCAUUCGUUGGAAAUCUCCCAUACUCAGCCAACCUGGAAUCCCUGACAAAACAUUUCGAGAAGAACCCUCCAGCUUCCAUACGCGUUGCCACAAAAAAGGAAGACAGCCGCAAGUGCCGCGGCUUUGCAUUCAUUGAGUUCGACAACUUCGACCGCAUGAAGACCUGCCUCAAGUUGUACCACCACUCCAUGUUCGAUGACGGCAAGUACCCGCCGCGGCGGAUUAAUGUCGAGUUGACUGCCGGUGGAGGCGGCAAAUCUGACCACCGCCAAGCGAAGAUCAAGGCCAAGAACGAGAAGCUGAAUGACGAGCGCCAGCGCGACGCGAAGAAGAUCCAGAAGGACAAGAAGAAGCACAUCACGCCUGCGCAGCAGGGCAACGGCGGCACCGGCGCCAAUGCGGUCGGUGAUGACCAAGGAGAGGAUAUGUAUGCGAAUGUGCAUCCGAGUCGGAGACCGCGCAUGCAUUGA